UGCUAGUUAUGCAAUCUUAGCAGUAGAUAGACGAUUGGAUGACAAAUUACGUCCCUUUUGUCAUCUGUACGUGUCAUGGUCGACACGACGUCGACCACCGCGUCGUUGGAGGGUGUAGGUUCGGAUGAUCAAAACGAUGACGACGACGACGACGACAUAUCAAGAGCGAGUCUACAUGGUGUCGGCUUGGCGUCAGAGCUGCGUUACGACUACGCAGAUUCGGUUAACGACCUGCGAUGUGCCAGGUGUCGUGAAGUACUACAAGGGGAAGUCGUUCAGGCCGUUUGUGGGCAUAGGAUUGACAGCUACUGUUACAAGCAGAUCAUGCUCAACUGCAAUCAACCGAGCUGUCCUGCCUGUGAUACAGUUUUGGAUGCAAAAAAGUGUUGGCGAGACGUAUUUGCUGAGAAACAGCUUGCAAUUAUUUGCAUCUACUGUCCGGCUAGAAAGCAAGGCUGUCAAUGGAUCGGAAGGAAAAUAUUAGCUAAUGAGCAUGUGUCCACCUGCGCAUACAUUCUUAGAGAAUGUCCGAACGGCUGCAAACAACUCAUUAGUCGCUCACGACUAGCACAGCACCUCCAAGAGCUGUGUGAGUUGAGUGUGGUGCAAUGUCGGCUAUGCAAUGAGACAAUUAGACAUGAAGAGGAACAGCGACAUUUGUCUACCGUGUGCACCAAGCAACCAGUGAAAUGUCAUAACAACUGUAGCAGUUCCGGAUUAAUGUUGCCACGAGACGAGCUUGAAGAUCAUUUGAAAGUGUGCAGCAAACGAGUUACCGCUUGCCCAAUAGAUAACUGCCACAAAGAGAUGAACCCAGAUGAGAUUGAGCAACAUUGCGAAAAUUCAGUUACAGAACACAUCAGCUGCGUAAAUGAUGGCUACAACGCACUCAAGACAAUGGUUGACUCCAUGAGAGUAUCCCUAGAGGACCAAGCGCGAAAGGUGCGACAACAGCUAGACAAUGAACAAAGUAGAUUACAAGCACUGAGUGAGAGUACUAGGAAAUCAGAAGAAGGGAUGAGUGAAUUAUUGACUUACACAAAGAUUGCCCAACAGCAGACAUUAGAACAAUGCUAUCAUUCAGUCGAUGGUCUGCAGAAGCACAUCAAGGAGAACGUGUCUGCACUUGAAAAACUGAUGACACCACUCACAGAGAAGCUAAUCAAGAUGGAAGAGAUCGUUUCAAUGCAAGAUAUUAAAAUCAGACAAUGUGAAAGUGACUUGAGAUCGAGGAGGGAAUCAGAUGGAGUCAGUCAAGCAUCACAGCGACAGUUCAAUGCACACGACAAGGUAAUCUCAACUCACGAAGUCAAACUAUCAGAACACUCUCUCAGAAUCGACAUGCUGGAUUGCAAGAGCACGAGUGGUGUACUACUAUGGAAGAUCAGUGACACGAGGAGACGACAAAGAGAUGCAGUGAGCGGCAAGACAUUAUCCAUCUACUCUCAGCCAUUCUACACAUCACCAAACGGAUACAAGAUGUGUGCACGAAUGUUUCUCAAUGGAGAUGGAAUGGGACGAGGCACACAUCUGUCUCUAUUUUUCGUUUUGAUGAGAGGAGAGUACGAUGGACUUCUACCAUGGCCGUUUCAACACAAAAUCACUCUUGUACUGCUUAAUCAGAAUGGUGGCCGACACAUCGCAGAUACAUUUCGACCGGAUCCAUCUUCUUCUUCAUUUAUGAGACCAAAGAACGACGUAAAUGUGGCGAGUGGUUGCCCAUUGUUUACACCCUUAGCAACACUGGAUCAGGAUGGCUACAUACUGAAUGACAGCAUGUUCAUUAAGAUCAUUGUCGACACAGCAAGUGCCUUUAGACCAGAUGCAAGACACUAAUAUCUGAACACAAAAAUCUAAUUUUUAAUUUUUUAAAUUUAUUAAUUUAAAAAAAGUAAAAAUUAGUGUUAACGGGCACUUUUUUGUAGCCAUCGUUGUUGAGAAUUCAAAAUAAAAAUUUGAAA